GCUCACUUGGAGGUAGAGAGUCUCACCCACUAUACUUCUGCAAAAUCUAAGGUUUCUCUUUCAUAGGCUUAAGAAUAAGUCCUGCCCUGACCCACCUAGCCAGCUGUGACUGUCUUGAAGAAGAGGAGCAAACAAAACAUUCUGAGCCUGGGACUGAUCAUCUGCCCCUGUUCACAAUAGGAGCCCAGCACAAGCACAUGAAAACAUGGUGGUGAACCUUCCCAGGUACCUUCCUCUCCUAUUGCUGCUGGGCUCGUGGGAGUCCAUGUGUCUACUUCGCGCACAGCCUAAGGGUCUCUCCAAGGCACACUGGUUUGAAAUUCAGCACAUACAGACAAGUCCUCAGCCAUGCAACACAGCCAUGCGCAGCGUCAAUAAUUAUACCCAACACUGUAAACAGAAAAACACCUUUCUGCAUGAAUCUUUCCAGAAUGUUGCUGCUACUUGUGGUUUGCACAAUAUCACCUGCAAGAAUGGUCGGAAGAACUGCCACAAGAGCGCAGAGCCUGUCAAAAUGACUGACUGCUCACACACCGGAAAAGCCUAUCCCAACUGCCGCUACAGAAGUGAUGUCCAAUACAAAUUCUUCAUUGUGGCCUGUGAACACCCAAAGAAGGAUGACCCUCCCUACAAACUGGUGCCUGUGCACUUAGAUAAGAUUGUGUAAGGUUAGGUCUGUUUGUCUGUUUGACAUAGGUUCUCUUACAGUUUAUCCCACUUUGCCUUUUGUUCCAACAGAAAUGGGAAGGUGUUGGACCAAUUAAGAUGCCUAAGCUAUUAAAAUGGAGUAAAAAAAAUUAAAGAUUGCACAGGUUAUGAUGUAGCUCAGGAAAUGAGCACUUGCUUGGUGCACAGAGGUCCCUGGAUUCAAUCAUCAUAACCCCCACCAAAGAAAGAGAGAGGGGGGAGGGAGGGAGGGGAG